UACCCCCUUCCUCCUUCCCUCCCUCUCCCUCUCCCUCUCUGUGCUCUGGUAGGUCCACAAUGGUACAGCCAGCAUCUUGCCGCACAAUGGUUGCAAGGUGGUGAGUUGAGGGGAGUGAGAGAGUGAUUCAGCAUCAGCAAGACCGCGGUCCCGUCCACAUCGGCUUUUUUUCCCCGUUCCUCAUCGCCUCUUUUUUUAGUUUAAAAAAAAGAAGAAGAAGAAGAAGAAGAAAAAAGUAGGGGGGUCCUUUAAGCCCCCCUGCCUCCAUCCUUCGCCAUCUUUAUGAACGUUUUAACAAACUGAGAACCUCCAGCCAUGCCCGCCGCAGCGUUUCCCGUCGGGAUGUUUUGAAAAAAAAAAAAAAAAAAAAGGGACUGUCACCGGACUGGGAUCGUCAUCAGCUGGCACGGAAUGGUAUUUAUGAGCAGACAUUUCUUAUAUAACUGCAGCCAACCAAUCCUGGAUGUGAAGAUAGCCUUUUGUCAGGUGUGUGUUCCUUACAGGUAAAAAAGGGUUUUGGAAAACAAGUGGAUGUGUCAUAUAUUGCCAAACAUUACAACAUGAGCAAAAGCAAAGUGGACAACCAGUUCUACAGUGUGGAAGUGGGAGACUCCACCUUCACAGUUUUAAAACGUUACCAGAAUUUAAAGCCCAUCGGCUCUGGGGCUCAGGGAAUUGUCUGUGCCGGCUACGAUGCUGUCCUGGACAGAAAUGUGGCCAUCAAGAAGCUGAGCAGACCCUUCCAGAACCAGACCCAUGCCAAGAGGGCAUACCGGGAACUGGUGCUCAUGAAAUGUGUCAAUCACAAAAAUAUUAUCAGUUUAUUAAACGUCUUCACGCCACAGAAAUCAUUAGAGGAAUUCCAGGAUGUGUACCUAGUGAUGGAGCUGAUGGAUGCCAACUUGUGCCAGGUGAUUCAGAUGGAGCUGGACCACGAGAGAAUGUCCUACCUGCUCUACCAGAUGUUGUGUGGUAUCAAACAUCUGCACUCAGCUGGCAUUAUUCACAGGGACCUCAAACCAAGCAAUAUAGUGGUGAAGUCAGACUGCACCCUGAAGAUCCUGGACUUUGGUCUGGCCAGGACUGCGGGAACAAGCUUCAUGAUGACCCCUUAUGUGGUGACUAGAUACUACAGAGCCCCAGAGGUUAUCCUGGGCAUGGGAUACAAAGAGAACGUGGAUAUAUGGUCGGUGGGGUGCAUUAUGGGAGAAAUGGUGCGCCACAAAAUCCUCUUCCCUGGCCGGGACUACAUCGACCAGUGGAACAAGGUGAUCGAGCAGCUGGGCACACCCUCACCGGAGUUCAUGAAGAAGCUCCAGCCCACAGUGAGGAACUAUGUCGAGAACCGGCCAAAGUACGCGGGCCUCACCUUUCCCAAGCUCUUCCCCGACUGCCUUUUCCCCGCUGACUCUGAGCACAACAAACUCAAAGCUAGCCAGGCCAGAGACCUGCUGUCUAAGAUGCUGAUCAUCGAUCCCGCUAAACGGAUAUCGGUGGAUGAGGCCUUACAGCACCCCUACAUCAACGUGUGGUAUGAUCCAGCUGAGGUGGAGGCGGCCAGAGAUCUCAUCCAAAUAUCCAUGCCUCCGCCUCAGAUCUACGACAAGCAGCUGGAUGAGAGAGAACACUCCAUUGAUGAAUGGAAAGAACUCAUCUACAAAGAGGUGAUGAACUUUGAGGAGAGAACGAAGAAUGGCGUUGUGAAGGGACAGCCUUCACCUUCAGGUGCAGCCGUGAACAGCAGCGAGAGCCUCCCUCCCUCCUCCUCCAUAAACGACAUCUCCUCCAUGUCCACCGACCAGACCCUGGCAUCAGACACCGACAGCAGCCUGGAGACCUCUGCAGGGCCCCUGGGGUGUUGCAGGUGACUAGCCGCCUGCCUGCGCAACCCCAUGUUCUUCCGACGGUGAAGAAAAAAAAAACCCCACCCCCCGAAAACGACCGACUUAAAAUACGUGGAAAAAAAAAAGAAAAAAAAAGAGUAAAGAUCAAAAUGAAUAUAUUAAGAACAAAAAACGACGAGUUAUGGAGAAAAAAAAAUCCAAAAAUGAUGAAAUCUAAAGAAGCCUGUGCAUUCAUUUCAAAAACAGCAGUGGUAUUUAUUAAACUGACGUAAAUGAGCUGAGAUAUAUGUUAAUGAUCCUCUAGUUGCUUUGCUUAUAUUACCCCACAUAUCUUGUAUAUGGCAUCCGAAUACAGAAACGACCAAACGCUUCAACUUGCAUCUCCUGUAAAAAAAAAAAAAAAAAAAAAAAAAGUGCGUCUUGGCUGGCUGCUGGUCUCCCAGAAUUCCUCACAGGAAGCAUUUAUGCGCCGAUCAUUGUGGCAAGGUGGGCGGCCAUUUUGCCAACACUACUGUACAAUACAAACUUUCACCCUCUCCCUCCCCUUUCCCACCCUUAUGUAACAACACUGCUGUAUUUUAACCUUCUAGGCUCGGUCUCAGACAUCCCCCCCUCCCCCCCACACACACCUGACACUGAUGUAAGGUUGCCUGAUUUGUGUGUUUUUAUGUGGUUAUUCUGCAGGGACACGUAGCUGCUCUCACCCAGAGCGGCGCCCAUCUCCCCCCCCAACACCCCCUCCCUCCUCCUCCCCCGGGCUUCAUGUAAAUAAUGUAAUUCUGUACAGUUGAAGGGCACACGGAGCGGGACUGACGGCCAGUACACUGGGAGUUUUUCUUUUUCUGACUAGCGCACCUUGCCACAUCACUGCUUUCUCACCUCAGUUGCCCCCCUGCCUAUCGCUGUAGUCCUGCAUGAUUAGAUUUAAAACGAUGCUAAUCUCACUGUAUGCUAAAAACGAGUCUGUAUAGGGACUUUUUUUUGUUUAUAUACGAUGUAAACUAACUCCAGACAUGAGGGGGAUGACGGGGGUCUGGUCACAGGAUAGGACUGUGUGAGUGUGUGUGUGUGUGUGUGUAGGUGUGUGUGUGUGUGUGUGAUAACCACAGGCAAGCCAUUAUUAAGACAUUAGUAAAUGUCAGGGCUGAACUGGGACUUAAAGGGUCAGUACACUCAGUAGAGUGAAUUAUUUUGAUUGUGCUCAGACUUACGGAGUUUAAAAAAAAAAAGAGAAAAGUCUGAUUUGUGUGUAAUGUCCCUUUUAUUUCUCCUGGCAGUGAAUGAUUGGUCCCUCCACCACCCCACGGGCUGUCCCACAGCCCUGCAUGUCAUUGUGUACCGUUUAACCCCCUCGUAGGCGGAGGCGGUCGGUCUGUUUCACUGUGGUGUCACCACGCGGAGACGACUCUUAUUUAUUUGACUGAAACACAGACGGCUUUUAGGGAAGAGACACAGAUGAUGCAGUUGGUAGUUCUGAUGGCGGGCGGUGAGUGUUAACCUCGUAGCAAAGCUCUAAAGUAAAACAUGCACAUCAUUAAGAACUGGACAGAGGCUCCCCCAACUCCAUUAUUUCUCAGCUGGGAAGAUUUAUUUAUUGAUUGGUUUAUUUUGAGAGGUUGAACCUGAGUAUGGCAAGUGCCUUUUGGAGCGAAGCAUCGCAAGUGCAGGAGUUAUAUUUUACUUUUUUUGUUGGUAUCUUUUCCUCUGCUUCUUCUUUUUCUGCCUUAAAACUAUCCGAAUCCCCGACGGCCCUAAUAUUUAAGACACAUAAAUAAUGUUUGGCGCUUUAACUUGAGGUUUUAGCUCACGAAAAUGAGCUUCUGUGGUGAGAAAAUCAAACGGCUUUCAUCUGAUUGUAUGGCUGUAAGGCAUCCUCGUGCUAGUUUUUACACAACACGACAGGGUUUUCAGGGUUUUCUGCCACUUUGCAUAAUGAUUUUAGUGAAUUCCUCCUAAAACUGAAUCCAUCUCCAUUAAAUAGUGUGACACAGUUUUUGUUUUGUGUUUGGGAGACUGAAAUCAUCAACCAUCUGACGCCCAUACCCUUCGAAAACACUCGAAUGGCCCUCAAGUCGAGCGCGUACCUCCUCCAAGGUCCGACAGUCCCCUCUAUCAGCAUCGACUCGUCCUCCCUCAUAGAUACCUGCCACCUGCGUACACCUGAUUUUUUUUUUCCCCAUCAAGAUCCAUGUGUUUCUCUCUGAGAAAUUAACAAAAAUGACGAAAGGUGCCCGAUCUCGCAGUGUCAGAGAAAGUGAGACAGAAAUGACUUGACGUGUUAAUUUUGUCUGGAUCCUCACAAAACUUCAGCGGGGUCGACCCAACGGACGCCCCCUUGGCGGAGUUUUAUGACUCGCAGCUAAGUGAGUUAGCAACAGUUUCUGGAUGUGCAGAGCUUGACUGCAUCUUUCUUUUCAUCCAACUACAAAAAGCAACCGGUCAAUCGAUUAGCUGUUUAUUCACUGUUUAACCUUCAAAAUCUUAUUUGCUGUGUAUAUUUCCGCUGUUUAGGAACUGUGAGCUGUGUUCGCGCCAACGAAACAAACAGCAGAUCGUCCUCACAUCAGGCUGCGUGAUAAAUCCGAUCACCUCUCUAUAAUCUUGCGGUUAUAGAUGAGAUUUUAACCAAAAACAUAACGGUUUCACUGUAUCACUGUAAACAUUGUGACACUGUUUCAUGAUUCUAAGCCACAGAGACCUUUAAGGGCCUGAAAGCAGAAGGUUUUAUUUGUUUGAAGAAAAUAUUCUGUACUGUCGGACGUGAGACUUGAUUUAAACUUGAAAUAUAGACAUUUUAAACAACGCGAGUACGGUACAAUUCAAUGUCAUGUAUAAGCAAAUGCACUCGGUAUGAUAACUAUUAACUUUGACACCACGGUAUGCUUUGAAACUGGCAUGUCGCUGCAACUCUUCACUGUAAAUGUGACUUUAUUGAAAGAAAUCGAGGAAACUUAUUACCUGAAAAUGACCAAGUAAAGCAGACUUAAUCAUUUUCAGUUGUUUAAAACCGUUCAGCUCGUACAACUUAAAUGUAAUAGUCUAUUUUACUUGGUAUUUUUCUGUGGUAAUCGUUUUUUCUCACUUGUUCCAAGCGAAGUUAAAAACAUCCAGUGCACUCACUCAACUUGACAAUCAGCUGAUGGACGACACAGAAAAACAAGGUUUUCUGGACAAAGAACACGCUUGAGGAUGCGUUCAGUGUCUCUUAAUGACACAAACAGGGAAGCGUGUGUUUGUCUCGUGCAUGCCGAGAAACAUUCUUCAGAGCAACUUCUAUAAAUAUCACCGUGAUUCCAACUGUAGGAAACCACACCGCUCCACAGUACAGUAACGGUUCAAUCUGAGGCGCGACGUUGUUAUAAACAUGCUUUUCUUUACAAGUCUCACUGUAUGUCAGCUGCAGCUCAGUGUAGCUGUCACUGUACAUAAAAAACCCGUAACUUGGAACGUCUACUUGGUUAACACUCGUUCUGCUGGUGGCUCGUGUGCAGUGAAACCACACACUGACUCGACAAACCGAGGGUGCACAGCGUCUCCAGAAUAAGCUACGGCUGGCUCGGCUUUUUCUUGUUCAGGGUCUGGCCAGGGCGAUCCUUCAGAAAACAGGGUGAAAUUCUUUGUGUUUUUGACAAAAAAAAAAACAAAACAAAAAAAGUUUCUCACUCACAGAGUGGUCUCGUGUUCGAGUCCUCCCACCACGGACACUCUCACGGUACUGUCGCAGAUACUCUACAGGGCAUUUUUUUAAAAACCAUCCUCGACUACAUUUCUUUUCCUUUCUUUUACGUGUUCUGGUCACUGAGUACAAAUACGACAAAGAAACAUGUUCUUUUUUUUUUUUUUUUUCUUAUUUUCUUUCUGUCUCUGAAUGUGAUCUUUUUUAUAAGACAUCCCUCAAGACAAUUAUGUAAAAAACAUAAACAAGGUGCUUUUGGGAAAGAAGGCGAGGCGAUUUUAAAAGACGAGAUGCGGCUGUGUCGUCAGCGCUGAAUGUAGAAAUGUUUCUCACCCGCGUCAUCGCUGCUCUGCUUCGUCAUCAGUGUGCGUGUGAUUUCGAGUUAAACCGGCACUGAACACAAAGCGUCCGCACGGCAUCACGCCGACGUUUUGUGGGAUUUGCUCUUUUAAAAAAAAAAAAGAAUGUUUGAUGGAGCGUCAGUGCAGUCACGUGUUUGGAUAAAAAAGUAGUUCAUGUGUGUUUUUUUCAUGUUCAGUCACUUAAACUGUAGAAUUAGGAAAAAAAUGUGGCAAGCGUCCGAUCCUGCGACUUAAAAACGAUCCCCUCGUGGAUUCAGGAUGGGCCAAAUUCAUGUUUUAUUUUUCAUUCAGCCAUGAUUUUAUAGCCAAUAUGAAACACGUCACGAGUUAAAGGAGACACCUCGUACUCAGCUGUGCCAACGCGUCAUCUUUGGACUUCGGUACUGGUGAUUUUCCUCAGCUAACUGAUUUUCCUUUUUAUUUGGAGUCAUAUUGUAAAUAACAACAAUCCGACGACGCAAUAAAACACUUUAUUGCACUCAAGACAGGGAGGCAAAGCUACUGCUAAGGGUCAGGUGAUGCUACAAAAAUGUUACGAGUCUUAAACGUGGACUGAAACGACGAUGAAACCCUGUUUAGCUCAUCUGAAUCAGGUGAUGCUGUUCUUUCGGUUCUUUUAAGAUUCUCUCUCUCUCUCUCUCUCUCUCUCUCUCUCUCGUUUCUUUCACUCCGUGCUGUUUUAAUGAAAUCAUUCUUUUUUUUUUUUUUUUAAUUAUUUUUGGUCAGGUUGAAAACGAUAAAGAAUAAAAAAAUAAUUAAGAAAUUGUAUCUGUUUCACGCUGAUUCUCGAGGCUUCAGGCUAUAGCGUUUCAAAAUAAAGUCAAAACAAAUGCAAAAGAAAAAGAAAAAAAAUUACUGAAAGCUGUUACUGUAAACACAAACAUUUUAAAGGAACUGUGUAUGUAUAAAUAGUAUAUGUAUGUGAUUGAAAAUAAACAAAACCUUUGAUCUUGGA